AUGCCAACGACGACGACGCUGCUCGAGACCGGCGGGCUCGGCGCCAGCCUCACGCGCUUUGGGCCCGCGCGGCCCUUUGACGCGACCGAGCUCCACGCGCUCGCCGUGACGUUCUCGCACCACACCGGCGCGCGCACGAUCCAGUAUGUGCUGGGCGUCGCGGUCGGGCCCGACGGCCACGUGCGCCGGCAUUACACUGCGAAAACGUACGCGGAGCUGCGCGAGUUUCGGCGCAAUCUGCUCCGCGUGCUCAAAACCAACGGGCUCUGCACGUGCCGCGGCGACCACUGCACGUUUGCGAGCCUCGCGACAAGUCACUUGAUGAACCACCCGCUGUCGUCGUUUAGCCUCUUUGGCUUGCACUUGGCGGGCACGCUGCCAUCGCGUCUUAGCAACGUCAGCGCCUUCUUGGACGACCUCAUGCGCGGCCUCCGCACGGUCGACGCCGCCGCGUGGUCCAACGACUGCCUCUUUCUUCAAAUGAUCGCGUCGUUCUUCGACACGGCGCGCGAGAACGCGGGGCGGACCAAGAUGGGCCUCCGCGAGCACUUGCACAUGAACCUCAAGGGCUGGCACCACGACCGCAUGAAGAACUACGGCAUUGGCAUCUCGUACGACUGA